CGUGCGUAUAUGAAUAAAUGCAGUAUUUCCAUAAAAGAAUGUUCCAGGUAAACAGUUUUAAAUAAGCAUAUGCGUGUGAGCACUGCUUUUUUGUUUACUUGCUUCCAGUGCCACCUACUACGCAAAAUGGCAACUCCUGAGUGUAAAGCAUUUUGUGUUCUGAAGUUUGUUAAGCAUGAAUCUGUAAUUUUAGUUCUACGUGUGUUUUGUUUUUAUGAGAGUAGUUUAACGUCAAAAUCCCUGAUGGUUGGAUUGGUUGUAAUGGCCCACGCGAUAGAGCUCUUUUUCGGUGGCCUCCAUGUUCACUUCUCAUAACGCCAUGUGAUUUUUUCCUUUGGGGAUGUAUAAAAGUUAAUGCCUACGUUCCGCCACUACCUAAUGAUUUGCCAGAGUUGAGACAUAGAAUUGAAGAAGCUGUUGCUUCCAUUACUCUGGAUGUUAACCAAAGUGUGGGAAGAAUUGGAUUUUAGGUUGUAUGUGUGCCGUAUAACUAAAGGUCCACAUAGUAAACAUUUGUAAUAAAAACUAGGUUAAUUUACCUUCAAUAUAAUGUAUAAUUUGUUUUAAUUGUCUAAAUUAAACUACUGAAACUGGAACAUUCUUUUAUGGAAAUUCUGUGUUUCUAUAUUCUUUAUGGCAUGAAAGUUUUUUCAGUUGAAAACACUGUGUUACCAAAUGUUAAGAAUUAAGAAAGUCUAUUCAUUAGGUGUAAAUCACCCUCACUGAAUUUUGUUGUCUUCCAUUACUCUCGUGUAAGCGUAAGUAAACAAACAUUGUGUAGUGAUGCGUUAAUUAGUGUGCUUGUUCCACAAUGUGGAACUUGUUUCUAGCCUCGCAGUGGGCACCUUUUAUUAAAACUGCUACAUAUCUGGUCUCUUGCUGGGAUUCAGCUUGGACACGUUCUGGAAUGCAGCCCGCGAAUUAGUUACAGUUGUAGCCCAACAAGGUAGUGCUUAUUCGCUACCCUACCCGAACAUCUUGGAAUACCACCCUAAGUAGUCCUGGUCCUGUUGGCAUGGUAGAUUUGAGGGAUGUAAUGCCAUAAACCACCAGGCUCUCAGGAGGGAAAAGAGAUUGUAUCAGGGCUUGUAUUUGAUACUUGAGAUUGGUGUUGGUUGUUUGUGGAUAAAACACUGGAAAAAUUUGGAUCUAUACAAUUAGAUUAUAUAUUAGGGCCAUUCAAAGAUGAUAACUGUCUUUCAGGUCAUUUACAUAGUGCCAGAAUGUUUUUAGUAUUUUUUGAUGUUAUUGUUUACUUUUGUGAUCAACAUAUUUGGUCUGGUUUUAUGAGUUGUAUAGUUUUGUAUUCAUUACUUCUUUUAAAAAGCUUAUAAAAAAUGGUUUUAUUUUAUUAAGCUACUAUUUGUUCCUUUAUAAAUCAAAUUGGAGUAUUUUCGGACUAUUUUGGUAGAUUUUGGAAUAAAGGAGUAAAUAUUUUUACAUUAGAAAUUAGUUAAUUGUUUAACUAAGACAUUACAUAACUUCAAAAGUUCUAAAAAUGUCAAACCAGUCCUGUACUCUAAUGUAGUUGUAUACUUAAAGCCAGAUAGUCACCAUUUUUGUAGUUUCGAUAGCUGGAGAUCAUGGUUUUAAAAUAUAUAUCAGUGAUAAUUUUAUUAUCUAGGGCAGGAUGUGUAGUGUCUUCUUUAAGAAGUUCUUUAACUGAUUUAGUCACUUAACAUUGUGAUAGGUUUGUAAAAUCAAAACGUACUGAUUUUUGGAAGUUUAAAUAUUGUUACACUCUAGUUUUCCUGAAUUAGUAGUAAAAUUAAGUAAAGAAUGUUCCUUAGAUUUUGAAUAUGAAUGUGAUUUGUUAGCAGAAUGUUUUGAUAGUCAAAUCAAAACCAGGCAUAUCAACGUAAAUUAUCAAAUUGUCUUGAUAGUUACUGAGAUUCUCUUCUAAUGCUUUAAGGUAUUUUGUAUGUAUAUGUAUUUGGAGGUGUUUGUGGGUGAAUAUAGAUGACACCAACAAGAUUUAAAAAAAAAAUAGUUGUUGAGAAUUAAAUUUUGAUUCAGCGUGCAUCAGUUCCAGGGUAUCAUAGAUUUGUAUUUGAUGGACUGAUGCAAAGUUUUGUUCAUUAACCGCAACCAAAACAACACCGCCUCUUUCUGUCAUUGGGAUUACUGAUUCUAUCGGUUCUAAAUAGUGAGAAUUUAUAAUGAAAUUAUUUAACCAUGUUUUAGUAAGACAUGUAAUGUAAUGUUCUUAUUUGCCUCAAUUUUCAAAAAAAAAAAUUAUAGAAUCAGUUCUCAAGCCAUUAACAUUUUGGUAACCAAUUUUGCACUCAAAGGGUUUAGGCAUGCAAAUUUAAUAUCACAGCACUCCUCCGGACACGUUAUGUAAUGGUACUGCGCAAUUAUAGUAGAGGGCUUAUGACUGAUAGUGUUGGUGGUGUUUUCAGGAGUAUUCAUGGGUAUGUUAUUGCGGGCAAUUUGCUUUGGAUGUAAUUUUUCACAAUAGGGGGUAAUUAAAUACUCGUUGGGUUAGAAAAGAGUGUUUUUUUUAUUCUACUGAAGUUUUCUUAUAAUAAUGAGGUAUAAAACAAUACUUAAUAUGAUCAAUUUGGUAUGUAGUUUGGCUGACUUGAUAAUGGUUCAGUUCAUUUGUGAUUUUUUUUAAAUCUCUUGGUGUUUUAGAAAUGUCUAUCUAUUGCACUGCUCUUAAGUAGUAUUUUUGGCUUGAAUUAAAAAUAUAUUUCACUGUCAUUAUUCACAUGAAUAUGUUAUAUUUGUACCACUAAUUUUAAUAUGUUUCAAAUUGUUUUGGAGAAUUUAAACAUGCUAAACACCAUAUUUUAUAACAUUCAGUGCCUUGUUAUCGCAAUGGUUGUAUUACCCACCACUGUUGUGUAUACAUUAGCUGCAUCUGACUACUAGAUUAAUGGAUUCCUUAGCUAAGGGUUCCACUAAAAGUGAAUCAUAGUGGACACGGCCAUCUUUGAAUUACUUCGGAAUUCUCACAUUGCUUUUUAUGUAUUUAUUUAUUUAUUUUAAACUCUGUGAGAAUGCAGUGAAAACUUCAUAGCCAUACGUUGUUCGUAAGAAUUAAUUUUUUGUGUCACGAGUGCACUAAAGACACACGCACAGAACUGCCAGACUUUUAAAGAUGUCAUAAUUGCUUUCAAAUGGCCUUUUUUGGGUAAUUUCACUUAGCAGACUGACUCAGGAGAGGUAUUACAACAGCUCCCUAGCUACAAGUACAUGAUGCGCAACAUUAUGAUUCCAGUUAUUUUUGGAUUUCCCUUCCCCCCUACCCCCCCACACUCACACACACAGAAGUAACCUCAUGCUGAGAAGUGCCUUAUGCUGAAGUUUAAUUAUUAAGUACAUUAUGCUGAGAUACCUCAUGGUGAAUUACCUCAUGUCAGUGUUAGGCUUACUACCUGAUGUCCAAGAAAAUCAACCAUCAUUUGAACAUCUGUUGAUCGAAGGAUUGGAAAAAACAUAUGCAACUUCAACUAAGAAAAUGUUAAUCUACUGCAAUGCUAAGGUCAUAAUGACAGAAAAGUUUUGAGAAGAAAUAGUGAAUGCCAUCAAAGCCUAGUAAAGAGAAACAGGUAGCCCAACAAAAGCAAAAUAUAAACCAAAAACACCUAGGAAAAGGAAAGAAAUGAGCAGUAACAGUGAAGAAUUAAAAGAUGGUUGGUUAAGCGGUGGAAGUAGUGAAUAUUUGGUAAUAUCUACUGAUUUUGAAGAUAGCUGUUGUUUGAAGAAUGUUACUGGGACAUUAAAUGCCAAGUUAGGUGGACUUUGACCGCACCAGGCACUUGAGCGAUGCAUCGAUCAGGCGGCGGCGCAUUGAAAGGGAGAAGCUGAUGGUAAAGGAACGAGAGCUUGAGGAACGUCUUCGCAGAGAACAGGAAGAGGAAGAGAAGAAAAAGAAAGAUGAGAGGAAACGAAAAUUGGAAGAGUCACAGGAAAAAGCAUCAAGAAGAAAGAAACGUGAGGAGAAACGUAAGCACAAAGAACUGAGAAAGUUGAAGGAACAAGAAGCAGAGGAAAUAAGUGUGAAGAUCAUGGUAGAGGAGCGGAAACUGCUGAUAGCCCAACGCAAGUUGGAGAGUAUCAGAUUGCUGGAUGAAUUAUUCGAGAGAGUGAAGGAUAUGGUUAAACAGAAAAUUGCAGCUAAAAAGAAAGAAUCAGAAAGUAAACUUUCUUCAAAGCAUCGUAAGGAGGACAAAUUAAAGAAGAAAAAGCACGCACGAAGGGAGCACGCAGCCACAGGCGUUGGCAGUGAGGUGUACGCUUGCUCGGAGCAGCGCGCGGAGCAGCGCGCGGAGCGGCGGCCCGACGGAGAGGGCGACUCGCGCAACAAGCUGGUCGACGAGUACAAGUCUGCGCAGGAGCAGGUGAUGGCUGACCAGCGCACCCGGCUGCGCAGUGUGCUGGCCGCGUCGUCCACCGUCUGCCGCGGCCUGGCCGCAGAGUCAGAGACCUCCAUCUCCAGCUCGGAGGAGUCGCUGCCGCCCGAGGGGGACGGCUACCAGGACUCCUGGAAUGAAAAAAGAAAUUUUGAUGGACCAGACUUUCCUAUGGGAUCCAAGUUCAAGAACCAGCAGUGGUAUCGCCCAAGGAGCUUCAGAGGCAGAUACCAGUACUCUCGCCCCUACCACCGCAACAACUACCGCCCUCGCUUCCAGCACCGCGGCAGGUUCCCCGGCCGGCGUAGAAGCUCGUACGUGCCGUACUGGCAGCGAGGAAGGCAGGGCAGUGCGUACAAGCAGGGGGUGUACGAAUAUGCAGACGUUGGGCGGGAUUACUAUAGAUACUUCAAGAAGCUGGCUUGGGGGGACAAGGAACAGUCCUUAGACUCCGUCCACUCCAAGUGCCACUCUCCCAUCUCGCCUAAGCGACUGCAAUCCCGUUCCCGUUCCCGCUCUCGUUCCCGGUCACGUUCUCGGUCGUGGUCCCGAUCCCGAUCCCGAUCCCGAUCCCGUUCUCGUUCUCAUUCUCACUCAUCUCGCUCGACUCGAACGUCCAAGUAUUCAUGGUCAGAAGACAAAGAUCGAUCGUGGUCAGAGGGAAGCGUGAACUCUUAUGACUACUCUCAUUCUGGUCACAAGAACAAGUAAUAGUGUCUUGUAACCAUGUCUUGAAACUGUACUUGACUUUAAACAGCAAUGCAUGUAUAACUCUUACAGUGGAGGCUUAAAGUGUGUAUAAGUGCUGUAGAAUACUGCCUUGCAAAAUUGUUUAUAGUGACUUGAAGAGCUGUCCUUCAUCGAACAUUUUUAACGUUUUCUAGUCAAGUUAUUGGAAUUUGGUUUUUAUUCAAUUGCUGCAACAGCAGCUCAUUCCACAUUUUUGUUUAAAGGGUGUGAGUGAUGUUGUUCAAAGCAUUACUCAUUGUUGCUGCACUAUAAUUGUUGAAAUAGUGAAAUGAAUUGUUUAAUAAAUCUCUAAACCCAAAUUUACUAUGCAGCAUCAUUUUAUGCAUAUUUGUAUGGCAUUCCUCCUUUUUUGUGCAGUGGUUGUCAACACUCUUUAGAUAGUGGAUUGCAAAAUACAAUGCAGCUAGACAAUUGGCAGCAACACACUUUACACAUAAGUAAAAUGUCACUUUUAUAUAUAUAAUUUAAUUUUUUACGUUUUAUACAAAAGUUUUAUUUUUUGCGGUAUCUGUGAAAUUAUUUUUUUUGCAAUGAAGACUGAAGUAAAAUGAAAAAAAUCAUGACCUACAGUAACAUUAACAUUAUAGUAUUUUAUAGCUGUGGAACACACACAAUUAGUAGGGCUUACAAAUAACUCUGUCUUUGUAUUGUAAGUGUGAAAAGAAUAUUUGAAAACACUCUUUUUUAACACUCUUUGUUUUAAGUGUUAUUAAUGCCCUUUCAUGCGAAAGUUUAAUAAAUAAUUUUAACAAUUGCAAAAAAAUAAAUUCUGAGUUAAUCUACCCACAUCACUGUAUAAUAUAGUUACACUAUGUUAGAGGUUUUGUUGGUGAGAGAGUUAAAAAUCAAUUGUUUUCAGCCUCUGGAAUUAGACCAUUUCUGCUUUGCUUUAUUGAUACUGCAUGUUUUUCCAGUGAGCCAUUGCUUUUAAUUGGAGAAUAUUACUGAUGGCAUCUGAGUUUUCAUUGGUCCAUUCAAGUGGCCAAGACCGGUGGAGAAUCUAACCAAUCAUAAUAUUUUCAACGGCUGAUCAUUCAUGCCUGUAUUGUAGUAAGGAGUAUUAGAAUCAGAUAAUUGCUAAAACUAAACUUUCAUUUGUCAUCUGUUCAGAAUAUUGAAGUUAGCUAAAGCAUGUAAAAACAUGUAAGAAAGUUAUCAUAUAACAAUGUAUGAUAUUUAGGAAACUUAAUAACUUCGUUUUUAAAUUUUACUUUUUAUUUAGUUAUUAAGUUUAUUUAAAAUACCACUAAAAUGUUUUCUCUUUUAUUUUCUGGGAAUGUACAGACUAUCAACUACAGCUCAUUUUAGAUUUUAUUACCACACGUGUUAAACUGCUUGAUAUUUGUAUAAUCUUGGCUUUAACGUAACAUUGCACCUUCGAUCCUUAUGCUGUCAUGUUUGAUCUAACGUAAAAAAAAAUUGGUCUUUCUAGCUUUACCUGAAGAUAUAAUGUAAUAAAUUACAUUUGCGGCAAACACAACUGUUUGUAGUAAAUACAAAUUAUGUUUACUGUAUCGUAACCCAUGUAAGUUCUUAUAGUUUUCAUUAUUUUCUUGAGACAUGCAAUAAAUAAUAUGAUUAUGCAUGUACAAAUGUUCCAUAUUCCAAAUAUAUAUGUAACAAAUUUAUUAUUGUAUUAUAUUUUAUUACCAGUACACCAAUCCCCCACUUAACAUGACUAAUGCAUUCCUAAAAAUGUUCGUGUUAUCUGAAAUCGCAUAAUCUGAAUCAUUGGUCUCCAUAAAUAGCAAGGCUAAUUUACUUAAUCUGUUCCAAAAUGUGUAAGGAAAUAUUCUUUAUGAAAUAUAAAUGUGUAGAAUAACACUCAACAAUAAAUAUGUUACACCAUCCAUCUUUAUAAAACUACCAUCAAAUCCCUUGUAUGACAAAUAGGACACUGCUUAUCAGGAGAUAGUUAUCGUCAAUCAGCUGGUUGACUUGCCGCCCGGGAGUGACCUUCAACUAUUCUACGAACUUUCCAAACCAUCCUUCACUGACAGUGAAACCGAUAUUACUGUCCAAUAUUUACAUUUUUAUGUUUUCAAAAAUUAAAAUACUUAUUCGUGUAUCACUGCUUGGUUUACAUCAAUCCUGAUGGGCCAGUGAUUUUUUUUUUGUCAUUGCACCAUUCAUUUAACAACCUUUUCCAUUUGAAUCAUCUGUUCAUUUCUGUUCCCGUAUCUAAUGUCAAAUAUAUUCCUGCUAGUACAACCAACAGCAUCAGACUUAUAUAAAUGUUUGAUAUAGUGCGCACAGUUGACUUGUGUGGUCUUCAUGACAUUCUGCAGUCUAGUUUUGUCUCAAAUACUUGGGAACACGAUGCAUUAUGAUCUCACUUGGAAGCAGGGGCGCAACAAUUAAAUUUCCAAAGGGUGGGCAAUAUACCUUUUUAUAAAGAAUCAUCGAUCCCCCCUAUUGAAGCGGGGGGUCCGGGGGUCCUCCCCCGGGAAAAUUUGUAUUUCAAGGUGGAAAAUGGUGCUAUUUAAGCAGUUUUUAUCAUCUAAAAUUUUAUUACACAGCACUUUCUUUGCCCCUGUUUGCCCCCACUUCAUGGUUUCA